AUGUUCACAUUUUAUCUGCUCUUCUAUAAUAUUCAUGCAAUCUAUUUCGCAAUUGUCAUAACUUGGUCAUUUCAUCGCAGUUUGGUGCAAUCCACCAAUCCCUGUUCAAUUUUAUUCAACGGCAAAGAAUGUUAUUGGUGGUAUAUUUUUGGUGUAUUCAUCAGAUGUGUUUUGAUCUACCAACAGGUUCUACAAACUGUCGAGCGACUUGUGACUUGUUUUUUCUCGACAAAAUAUUUGAACAGUUUUGCGUUGAAUAUAUUGGGUGUGAUUGGUGCCGUACUCACUGCUAGAUGUUUAGCCGCGCCAGAGGAAUCGAAGUUUAUGUCAUCUAGUUGUUUCCAGCAAAAAUAUCUGGAUUAUAAUACAGUUAUGUGAGUCCGGAAUCCGAGGUUCUUGUGCAAAAAAAUGUUUUCAGAAAUAUGACUUGGGUUAUGCUAUCUUGCGAAGCAAUCUGCCUCCCUUUAAACUACUAUAUCCUCCACAGAAAUCGAAAAACAAUCCAAAAUUCUUCCAACAAACAAUUCGAUUUAUCUUCCCGAUUCAAUAAUAACAAUAAUAUGUAUUCUACGAUUACUGUAUCUAUAAUCACCCUUAUCCAAACCGUAUUCUACACUAUUUAUGCUCUUUACCUAGCUUCCAUUUAUAAAUAUGGAAUCUUGGAUACAUUUUUCCCCAAGUUCAAUAGAGCAUUGUGGUUUUAUGUGAGUUAGGAAAACUCUAACACCUAGAAAUAUUUGAUUUUCAGACAGUUCCCUACGCUGGUUUAGCUCUCCCGAUAUCAAUAACAAUCUCAAUCAACAAAAUUCUGAAAUCCAGAACGAGCAAAAUCGAGCAACUUCGGCGAACCAGCCUAUCCCAGGAUAGUUAUUUUCGAGAUUUGAUUAAUCAGUGGAAAUAA